AAGCCCUCAACCGGAAACAAGGACGUUUCGACCACGAUACAGGGACGCGAAUGGGGAAAAGCGACACACCGCCGGCACGAGUUGAUGAAUUAACGUGAUUUACCGUCGUCUCUAAAUUGAAUAGAGUAUGCUCUUUAGCGAGCCCUUCAUGCGGAGGAGGUGAGCCUGGUUGGUCACAGGGAUGUGGUAAUGUAUAGUGACUAGCGCUGGACACAACAACAACAAGGAACAGCAGGAUUUGCCUGUGAUGAGUUGCGAAGGCACUGGUUUGGGCCCACUUGCAGGGUAUUGGGAAAAAAUCCAGGAGCGCUCAGCCUCGUUGGAGACCUGUCCGUGGUGUGCUGCUAAAGGGCAGACUCGGGCUCUGCGUUCCUAUAGGAUCAGCAUCCAGGAGGCCAUCAGCCUCUGCACUGACCCACAGUGCCUGUUUCCCCUGGUCUCCCGGCCUUUGGAAGAUGUCCUGGCCAGCCUCGUACCCCCUCUACCCCAAACGCAGACGGGGAGGAAGAGGAAGAGUGGGUUGGAAAACGGAGACUCUGUAUCUUCCCCCAAAAGCGCACGAUCGGAGGAGGCCGUGUCACAGAAUGAGAGUCGCCCAGUCGUGAGGAUCCCCAGUUCCGAACUCAACGGGGAAGACGGCUUUCAUAAGACGAAGCACACAACACCAGUACAGAAGGAGAGAAUCGGCCAAUCAGAACCCACAGACAUGGAGCUGGUGGAUAAAACCCUCAACUAUCCACUUCCUGAGAGGGGAGGGGCCAAUGGAUACCACAAGGAUUCUGAUUGGCCGAUACCAGAGGAAAUGGACCAGAAUGUCCUAGAUGAGGGAGAAGAUGGUGUCUUUCUCCCGGAGGAGGUUACACCGACUUUAGACAAGGGGUUGCCUCUCCCAGAGAAGACUGUACCUACGUCACAACUGGCACUGUCUUUUGUAGACGCUGAGCCUGCACCAAAGGAGGUUAUCUGUCCCUUAGUCGAGGAUGUUUCUGCCCUAGAGAAGAUUUUACCUCCUGUACACUUGGCUGUUUCUGCUCCACAGAAAGUUUUGGCUCCACGGGUAACUGUCCCUAAUUUACAGGACACAGUCUGUCUCCUAAAGGCUCUACCUGUCCCAGGGGAGGCUGUCUCUCUGUUAGAGGAGGCUUUACCUGUCCCAGGGGAGGCUGUCUCUCUGCUAGAGGAGGCUCUACCUGUCCCAGGGGAGGCUGUCUCUCUGCUAGAGGAUGCUCUACCUGUCCCAGGGGAGGCUGUCUCUCUGCUAGGGGAGGCUGUCUCUCUGCUAGAGGAGGCUCUACCUGUCCCAGGGGAGGCUGUCUCUCUGCUAGAGGAGGCUCUACCUGUCCCAGGGGAGGCUGUCUCUCUGCUAGAGGAUGCUCUACCUGUCCCAGGGGAGGCUGUCUCUCUGCUAGGGGAGGCUGUCUUUCUGCUAGAGGAGGCUCUACCUGUCUCAGGGGAGGCUGUCUCUCUGCUAGAGGAGGCUCUACCUGUCCCAGGGGAGGCUGUCUCUCUGCUAGAGGAGGCUCUACCUGUCCCAGGGGAGGCUGUCUCUCUGCUAGAGGAUGCUCUACCUGUCCCAGGGGAGGCUGUCUCUCUGCUAGAGGAGGCUCUACCUGUCCCAGGGGAGGCUGUCUCUCUGCUAGAGGAUGCUCUACCUGUCCCAGGGGAGGCUGUCCUGGUCUUGCAGGAGGCUCUAACUGUCUUAGAAGAGGCUUCACCUGGAAUAAAGGAGGGGCUAAGUGUCUUACAGAAAGAGGAGGAAGAAUUGGUUCUAAUCGCCUUGGAGGAGGAGGAAGAAGUCACUGCACCUGUGGCCUUGGAUGCUGUGUCUAUACCUGCCAUGAUUGAGGUUGUCCCUGCUUUAGAGAAAGAUGAGGAGGAUCUGCCUGUCUUUGACGAGGAAGAGAAGAUACAGGAUGAAGAGCGCCCCCCGCAGGGGGUCUGUAGACCCUGCAGUGUGGACCUCAGUCAGAGCAAAGUGCAUGAUGGUCAGGAAGAUGACGAUCCUAUCAGAGCUAGAAGAAGAGCUCAGAAACUAAGCGACGAGGACGAGGAACAGGAAGUAAGCGUCAAAGAGGAAGUGGAAGUCCUGACACCGGCGCCGAAAAAGAGAAGGGGCCGGCCAAGGAAGACUCCUCUUAUUAAAUACACGCAGGAAGUGUUGCCCGACUUUGACCCGGGACUGAUCUCGACGGGGGAGUUGGUCCCAGUUCCCGGACCUCACCUGUUCUGGAAGAAUGAGCACAGUCUGGGUUGGCUGGACACCUUGCUGGUAGCGCUGGUCCACUGUCGCACUCUGAGGGACAGACGACCCAUCAAGAGGCCCGCUGUAGGUCAACCGGUCUGGGAUCUGUGUGAGAGGUACGACCGAGCCUGUAGUCUCAGCACAGCCUACCAACACACUGGCGCAGAUGGUGUCGUCCGAGUGCCCUCCGCCGUGGCACAGAGGGUCCAGACUGAGAUGCAGGCCAUUAGGAUGGCCAUCUUUAAACUGCUGGAGCCUCUGCUGAAAUGUAAACUGGGUCAGAAUGAGAGGCUGGUUUUUGUCCUGCCUCUCCUCCUCGGGGCUGACUCCUGGGCCGACCGUCUCUUCCAGCAUGAGUAUGACUGGCAGUUUCAGUGUAACUCAUCAACUUGCCAGCACGCCACCAAAACCAAAUGUAACAAGACCCUCACCACUUUCACCAAUGUGGUUUCUGAUUGGCACCCUCUCAAUGCUGCCAACCAAUCACGUUGCAGCAAGUGUAAUAAGAUGAAGCAAGCCAGGAUGUUGGUGCUGGAGAGGCUGUCUCCUGUGUUUGUGCUACACUUUGCGGAAGGUCUCCCUGACAACGACCUCAGCGCGUACUCCUUCACCUUCCAGCAGCAGAGGUACUCCGUCACCACCGUCCUGCAGUACGACCAGCCGCUCAACCACUUGGUCAGCUGGAUACGCAUAGCUGACGGAAGUUGGUUAGAGUUGGACGACCUGAAGCAUCCUGUCUGUGUCUCGCACACCCAGCUGGCUGUCCCGCCUAGAGAGAUCCAUGUUGUCUUCUGGGAGUUGGAGACGGACCGACCGGACAGCCCACAGACACCCACACGCUCUUCUCCUCCCGAAAACCUGACGAGCACUUCCUUGAUACAGAAAGAACCUCACCUGGCCAAGACCUUUGCCGUUAACGAAUCUCUAGACCUUUCUCAGGCGGUGUCUGACGACGUUGUCAUGGACGCCACCAUAACGUCUGAUUACGUAGAUAACAAUAUGGACAAUAUGGACGCCACCAUAACGGCUGAUAACAUAGAUAACAAUAUGGACAAUAUGGACAACAUGGACAAUAUGGACACCACCAUAACGGCUGAUUACAUAGAUAACAAUAUGAACAAUAUGGACAAUAUGGACAAUAUGGACACCACAUUAACGAAUAACGUAGACUCUCCCAUCAUCGUCGGUUCCACCUCCAUGCUUGCUGAUGUACCAUUCCAGUCCUGGUCUCACGACCUCUCUUCUCACGACCUCGCUCUCCCCCUCCCUCUCAAUGACACGGCCGUUGUCGAGGCGCUGACUGUGUCUGACGACAUGGACACCACGGUAACAGCCGGCGACCCGUCCAUGGGUUCUGCCACGCUGCUCGACACCUUCGAAGGCCUCUCCCACGAUGACGUCGUCACCCUGACGCUCGUAGAGGUCAAAAUGGACUCUGAGAGCGGACCGUUGCACGACGUCACCCCGGCUCCCAAACAAAAUGGAAGAGACGUCUGCUUUCUCUCGGCUCCUAGAUCUGAGACCCCACCACUUGCCCAUGAAACACCCACUGAAUCUGAAACGCCCUCUGAAACAGACGAUGAAGACCUCGUCGAAAGGCCAACGUCCCCCGAAAUGGCCAGUGAGUUUCUCCCUGACAGCAGUGACGUUCCGUCUGAGACCGACUCUGAAGGACUCACUCCUAGUCCUCCCAGGAUCAGGAGAAGCAGCAAUAGACCUAAAAUGGCGUCCAACGCUCCAGUUGCUGCUGCAGCUAAGGUGGUCACAACACCAACCACACCGAUGGCACUUUCUGGAAGCUGUGGUGAAAUAAUCCUGCCCUCCGUUGUAUCUGGUCCCUCUCCCUCUCCCCUGCCCCACCCCAAUACCCCCAACCCUCUGCAGAGCAUGCCUGGUCUCCCUCCCUCUCCCCCGCCCCACCCCAAUACCCCCAACUCUCUGCAGAGCAUGCCUGGUCUCCCUCCCUCUCCCCUGCCCCACCCCAAUACCCCCAACUCUCUGCAGAGCAUGCCUGGUCUCCCUCCCUCUCCCCAGCCCCACCCCAAUACCCCCAACUCUCUGCAGAGCAUGCCUGGUCUCCCUCCCUCUCCCCUGCCCCACCCCAAUACCCCCAACUCUCUGCAGAGCAUGCCUGGUCUCCCUCCCUCUCCCCCGCCCCACCCCAAUACCCCCAACUCUCUGCAGAGCAUGCCUGGUCUCCCUCCCUCUCCCCGCCCCACCCCAAUACCCCCAACUCUCUGCAGAGCAUGCCUGGUCUCCCUCCCUCUCCCCUGCCCCACCCCAAUACCCCCAACUCUCUGCAGAGCAUGCCUGGUCUCCCUCCCUCUCCCCUGCCCCACCCCAAUACCCCCAACUCUCUGCAGAGCAUGCCUGGUCUCCCUCCCUCUCCCCUGCCCCACCCCAAUACCCCCAACUCUCUGCAUAGCAUGCCUGGUCUCCCUCCGCCACCGCACCCCAACUCCCACUGGUCGUACCUGCUCAACCGCCACCCCACCACCACCCCCACUCCCUCCGGCACUCAGAGACAACCCAGUCAGUUGAACCACUCGACACCCAACCGGUUCCAGCAGCUUUCACAGAGCCGACAGACCCCCAAGAUGGCUCCCCCAACCCAGACACCAGGCUGAAGAAGCCUCCUCCUCCCCCAACCCAGACACCAGGCUGAAGAAGCCUCCUCCCCCCCCCAAAGCCAGACUCAGUAAGGAGGACAACGAGGCCCUGCCGGUGAAGGCUGCCGAGAUGUACGGAGGGUUCAGGAGCAGGAACGUAAAUACAAACAUAAACAAGACUUCACCUCCAACCCAGCUCCUCUCUCAAAGAAUUGACCCUCAAAAUGGUGUCUGGAAGACACCAAGUCAGCCUGCCGCCCUCGCCUCGCGAAAACCCCCUAUCGAUAACACUGCUGCAGCGUAUCCUAUCAUGACCUCACUUCCUUCUUCUCCGGGAGUCACGGAGCUCCAUAAAAUCUCUUCCUCCAGGAAUCAAGGCCCCGGUGGCCAGGUCUCGAAGGUUCCGGCCGGCCUAAGUGAGACAGAAGCCCUCAGGUACAAGCUGCUGAAGAAGCUGAAAGCCAAGAAGAAGAAACUGGAGAAGCUGAAUCAGAAGUUGGGUUUCCAGGCGGCUGCAGUAGGACAGGAAGUGACCCACGGACCAGACUGCGCCGACCUUCGCUCCCCCUCUGCUGUUAGCUCCAGUACCUCCGCCUACGACAGCCCCGCCUACGAUGAGUUCUUCGCCGACCUUCUGUCGCCCGCGACGACUGCGAGCAAUCUAUCACCGGACAGCACGGCCUUCCUGGAUAUACUCGCCACCAAUGGGCAAGAAGGGGGAGGGAACUUGGCGUGUGGGGGGAAUGCGAUUGGUGGAGCCUCACAGGUGAUGACCACUGCGACCUUACAACCGGCCAAUCACGGUGUAGUAAUGCCACUGCCUGGUCUAGAUGGGCCAAUCAUGACCUCUGGUGAGAACUUCCUGGAGGAGUUCAUAUCGGGGUCGGCCAAUCAGCAGAUGGAGACGGAAGCACUCAGUGCUUUCGACCUGUUCUUUUAGGCUACGUUAACCACAGGUCUAGGAUCUGCUUCGUUAACCACAGGUCUAGGAUCUGCUUCGUUAACCACAGGUCUAGGAUCUGCUUCGUUAACCACAGGUCUAGGAUCUGCUUCGUUAACCACAGGUCUAGGAUCUGCUUCGUUAACCACAGGUCUAGGAUCUGCUUCGUUAACCACAGGUCUAGGAUCUGCUUCGUUAACCACAGGUCUAGGAUCUGCUUCGUUAACCACAGGUCUGGGAUCUGCUUCGUUAACCGCAGGUCUGGGAUCUGCUUCGUUAACCGCAGGUCUGGGAUCUGCUUCGUUAACCGCAGGUCUGGGAUCUGCUUCGUUAACCGCAGGUCUGGGAUCUGCUUCGUUAACCGCAGGUCUGGGAUCUGCUUCGUUAACCACAGGUCUGGGAUCUGCUUCGUUAACCACAGGUCUGGGAUCUGCUUCGUUAACCACAGGUCUGGGAUCUGCUUCGUUAACCACAGGUCUGGGAUCUGCUUCGUUAACCACAGGUCUGGGAUCUGCUUCGUUAACCACAGGUCUGGGAUCUGCUUCGUUAACCACAGGUCUGGGAUCUGCUUCGUUAACCACAGGUCUGGGAUCUGUUUCGUUAACCACAGGUCUGGGAUCUGCUUCGUUAACCACAGGUCUGGGAUCUGCUUCGUUAACCACAGGUCUGGGAUCUGUUUCGUUAACCACAGGUCUGGGAUCUGCUUCGUUAACCACAGGUCUGGGAUCUGCAAUCUGCUUACCAAACCCCUGAGCUUAAACAUCAAAGCUUAGCUCAGAUCAGUGGAGACAUCUCGUUCAAUGAAAAAUAUUCUCAUGUCUAUAUUCUCGUUGACUAGAUCACUAUAUAGGAAGUAAGAGUUGCCAGUGUAGACGUGGACAGUUGCUAGGAGAAACGACAUGCCACUACACCUUUCAGUCGUGUGUGUGUGUGUGUGUGUGUGUGUGUGUGUGUGUGUGUGUGUGUGUGUGUGUGUGUGUGUGUGUGUGUGUGUGUGUGUGUGUGUGUGUGUGUGUGUGUGUGUGUGUGUGUGUGUGUGUGUGUGUGUGUGCGCAUCAGUGGGUUGUUCUGUUAUUGGUAGCAUGUGUCACACAGUGGAAUCUUAACAGCCAUUUAAAAUAAACACUCCCAUAUCAUUCAUGUGUUUACUACUUUCCAAAAGAAUGUUGAAUACGGUUUAACGUUGAUACUCAUUCAAGCUUUGUCCUAAAUGCCACCUUAUUCCCUAUAUAGUGCACUAUAUUUUGACCAGGUCCUCAAGUAAAAAAAUAUAAAAAAUAGACAGAUUGAGGCUUUUAAAGGAAUGUGAAAUAUAGAGCUUGUUUCAGGGUAAGGUAAGGUUCUGUAAGGUUAAUAGUUGUUUCAGGGUAAGGUUCUGUAAGGUUAAUAGUUGUUUCAGGGUAAGGUAAGGUUCUGUAAGGUUAAUAGUUGUUUCAGGGUAAGGUAAGGUUCUGUAAGGUUAAUAGUUGUUUCAGGGUAAGGUUCUGUAAGGUUAAUAGGCGAGUGAUCUGAUCCUGCUUCGGAAUGUUCUGGAGGAAUCAUGUUUUGCUUUAGUUUGCCUUUUUAUUAUUUUAUUUACAUUUUGUCUGAAUCUACUUAAAAUCCUGAAACUAGGAUAAAAAAAGCCUGACAAAUAGGAUAAAAAAAUCUGGGUUCGUGUUUUAGAGGUGGUUGGAACUCUGAUCUUGUCCAUCGGUUGUUUUUGAAUGUAAUUUUUGUAAUACAAAAAGUGACUGUUGUAAAAUGUUGUACAGGAUUGAAUACUGUAUAUAAUUCUAAUAAAAUCAAAUGUUUUCUUUAAACGGA